CUGUAGAGUCUUCUUGAGAAGUUCACUUUCAGUCGCUGGUCAACCACACACUUUGUUCGCUAGCUUUAGGACGCCAUAACAACUCACAGGUUAGGAUGUUGUUAAGACUUGUCAUCUUAUUUUCUAUGGUUUGCUUAGCAAGCUGCGAAACAAAGACAAAUUCAGAGGAUCCUCCGUUACUGGAAGCGCUUAACGCGAAAUAUUUUGGUCAUAUUAGGGGCAAACGAAUGGAAUCGGAAGACUAUCCACCUGGCUUGAAAGAGGCACUAAGCAAUGCUUACUAUGGACAUAUUCGUGGAAAAAGAACGAAAGACUUAGAGGACUAUCCACCAUUAGAAGAAGCACUUAAUUCAGCUUAUUUUGGACAUAUCCGAGGAAAGCGAACGCUGGAAGGUUGGGGUUAUAAUCCUGCGCUUCGUGAAGCUCUCAAUAAGCAGUAUUCUGGCCACUUUCGGGGAAAAAGGACGGGAGGCUGGGCGUCAAAUCAAGACUUACUGGAAGCAUUAAACAAUGCGUACAUGGGACACAUCCGAGGGAAAAGAGAACAGGACACAGCGGAGAAGUCAGCCGAAUAAAGAACCAUUAAGGAAUGCUAUGAAAUCCAACAAGUGACAUUGCCAACACCGAUCUCGAGCCAACAGGACACACUAAUUAAAUUACUACAUUAUCACUGAUGCUGAGGGAAGAAUAAAUUGUUCUUUUUUAAUUAAUUCGUGUCAACACAUCUCAUUUCGAAUUGUAAUAAAUCAACGUAGUCGACUGCACACGACAAAUUUAUAAAUGUGAAAUAAAGUUUUAAUUGAAGAAGCAGA